CGCUCCCACCCCUCCCAUCUGUUCUCCUGCAGCUUCCCUGUAUAGCUUUGUUGUUGGGUGUGUGUGUAUGUAUGAGAGAGUCUCUCUCUUUUCCUAGCUGAUGGACUCUUUCCUUGCUGAUCUCUCCUUACCUGGAUGCAUGUUCUCAGUGGGUUGAUCCUCUCGGCUCUCCAGAACAUUUGGUCCUCUUAAUCCUCCUCUGAUGGCCUCAUCCUGGCGGCCAAGAGGCAGAUGACACAGAAGAAGAUAGAUAUAUAUGACCGGGGAACUAAUAAACAAAUGGUUGACACUCGGGAAUGAAACGUUUAGCAAUUCUGGGCUUGACCUUCUACGGCAGAAUGAGUCAGGAAAAUCAACAACCUGCCAAGCCCCGCCAUUUCCUGGCCAUAUAAAGUUGCUGAUCUCUCAUGUGUCGGGCUUUGACAUCUCUUGAUAGCUGAAAGAAGCAAAAGGAAUGAAAAGACAGCACUGAAAUCUAUCUAUCUAUCUAUCUAUCUAUCUGUCUAUCUAUCUAUCUAUCUAUCUAUCUAUCUAUCUACACAAUGGUUUUUUGGAAGGAUACCUAAUUGAAAAAACACCACUUUAGAGCUUUCUUGGAUUCGUGGGAUUUUAUCACCUAUCAAGCAAGUCUCGAAAGGAGAAGCUAUGCUUUUAUAGUUAACAAGACAAUUCGGACAGAUUUUUUUUUUUAAAAAAAAUAGCAUAUAGAGUAUAAAACACACACUGUGAUAACCAUAUCUAGAUAUAUCGUCUCAAAAUGGAUGAUGGCCAUAGAAACAAGAUGAACAAAGUUUCUGACAAUUACCGUUAUCAAGAUGGCGGCUACAAAGGGUAUGCUCCCAAUGAUGGAUACUAUCAAAGUGGGGAGGAGCCCGGUCAAGAGGAAGAUGACCAGAGUGAUGCCACCGAAGGGCAUGAUGAAGAUGAUGAAGUCUACGAAGGAGAGUACCAGGGCAUCCCUCACCCAGAUGACAUCAAGAAGCAGAAGAAGAAAGCCCCAGAGGUGGCCGACGAGUUUAGAGCCCAUGCUGACCUCCUGGCAGAGAAGAUGGAGGACGAAGAACAGCUGGCUCACCAGUACGAGAACAUCAUUGAGGAGUGCAGUCAUGGGCGCUUCCAAUGGAUGCUCUUCACCGUCCUUGGCUUGGCACUGAUGGCAGAUGGGGUGGAGGUCUUUGUGGUUGGAUUCGUCCUGCCGAGUGCCGAGAAGGACAUGUGUUUGUCAAGCACCAACAAAGGGAUGAUAGGAUUGAUUGUCUACCUGGGCAUGAUGUCAGGGGCUGUUACAUGGGGUGGCCUGGCAGACAAACUGGGCCGGAAGAAAUGCCUCAUCCUGUCUCUCUCCAUCAAUGCAUCCUUUGCGUUCCUGUCCUCAUUUGUACAGGGAUAUGGAUUCUUCCUCUUCUGCCGCCUUAUCUCUGGUUUUGGCAUUGGAGGGUCCCUUCCUAUUGUCUUUGCCUAUUUCUCCGAAUUCCUGUCUCGGGAGAAGAGAGGAGAGCACCUCAGCUGGCUUUGCAUGUUCUGGAUGAUUGGCGCCCUCUACGCCUCCAUCAUGGCCUGGAGCAUCAUUCCACAUUACGGAUGGGGCUUCAGUAUGGGGUCCAACUACCACUUUCACAGCUGGAGGGUGUUCGUGGUUGUCUGCUCUCUGCCCUGCAUAGCAUCGCUUGUGGCCCUAAAGUUUAUGCCGGAAAGCCCACGUUUUUUGCUGGAGGUUGGCAAGCACGACGAAGCCUGGAUGAUCCUCAAGCAAGUCCACGAUACCAACAUGAGAGCCAAAGGGCAGCCAGAGAGAGUGUUUACAGUAGCCAACAUAAAAACUCCAAAGCAGAUAGAUGAAUUCAUUGAAAUACAGUGCUCUACAGGGACGUGGUACCAGCGGUUUUUUGUUAGAGCUACGACCACCUUCAAACAGGUUUUGGACAAUGUAAUAUAUUGUUUGACCGCCCAGUACAGAAUGAACACACUGUUCCUGGCAAUCGUGUGGUUUACAAUGGCCUUAAGUUACUAUGGCCUUAUUGUGUGGUUCCCUGACAUGAUACGGUAUUACCAAGAGGAAGUGUAUAAAUCUCGUGAGAAAACCUUUAAUCGGGAAGUAGUGAAGAAUAUCACCUUCAACUUCACCUUGGAAAACCAAAUCCACCGGAAUGGGACAUAUUUCAAUGACAAGUUCAUCAAAAUGAAGUUGAGAGAUGUGACUUUUGAGGACUCUGUAUUUGAAGAAUGCUACUUCGAAGACGUGACGUCAAGUGAGACCUUCUUCAAGGACUGCACCAUUAUAAAAACCACCUUCUAUAACACAGACCUCUACAAGCAUAAAUUCAUUGACUGCAAGUUUUUAAAUGUUUCCUUUGUGGAGCAGAAGCAGGGUUGCCACCUGGAUUUUGAGCGAGACAACGAUUUCCUAAUUUACCUCGUCAGCUUCCUAGGCAGCCUGUCAGUCUUGCCGGGCAACAUCGUCUCAGCAUUGUUGAUGGACAAAAUAGGCAGGAUCAAGAUGAUUGGGGGUUCCAUGCUGGUUUCUGCCGUGUGCUGCUUCUUCCUUUUCUUCGGCAACAGUGAGUCGGCCAUGAUUGGCUGGCAGUGCCUGUUUUGUGGUGCCAGCAUUGCCGCCUGGAAUGCCCUGGAUGUGAUCACCGUGGAGCUCUACCCCACACAUAAAAGAGCCACAGCCUUUGGCAUCCUCAACGGGCUUUGCAAAUUUGGGGCCAUCUUGGGGAACUCCAUAUUUGCUUCCUUUGUCGGGAUAACUAAAGUGGUCCCCAUCCUCCUGGCUUCCUCCGCUCUGGUUGGGGGAGGCCUCCUGGCCUUGAGGCUGCCGGAGACGCGUGACCAAGUCCUGAUGUGAGCCGCCUGAGGGAGCAGCAAAAUGUCAACAGACAGCGACGAGCCACGUUUAGAAGAAAAUCAAAAUGUCCACCAAUAUUUCUCUGCCAAUUCCUCAGCUCUGAGGAGGGAGGGGGAGGAAGAGGCACCCCAGUGAGAAAAUGUUAAACCCUUAGUUUCUAGGACUGUUGUGCUGUGGUCACUUGGCUAGGAACACACACAUACACACACGCUUUGCCCAUUGCUUGAAAGCUAUCAGUUGUUAAGGGGUCACACCCCACCAUUCCUCGGAAAGUGUGUGAACUUCUCAGACACUACCAAUAAUAGCAGCCUUCCACUUGUGCUUGUAUGUACUGGGAUGCAAGUUGUAAAGACUGGUGCAGGGAAGUGAGCCCUUGAGCUCACUUGAAUGGCUUGAUAUCCACAUUUCUAUAGCUGUCCAAGCAAUUAGCAGGAUAAUAAUAAUACUCCAUUUUUUUUUAAAAAAAGGCAGCUGAACUUCAAGAGAGUUCACAAGCCAGCUGGUUUAUUGAGAGGGAAGGCUACCCUUUGGGGAAGUCACCAGCCGCCAGCUAGACAUUUGCCGGACGAUGCCCUCAUAUUUUGAGAACUUAAACUGACACUCCCAACCUUGUCUGCCCUGUUUUCAGAAGGAAAGCUGCUGAUCCUCUCUUAUAGAUCAGACUUCCAAGUUGUCUAAAAUCACAACCACCACCUUUCUCUCUCUUAUAGAUGUGCAAGAGACCUUGUGGGAAUUUCUGGUCUGUAUUUGUUUAUAUAUAUAUACACACACACAUACAGAUAUAUAUGUCCACACAUGUUCACUUUCAUUUUCACCAAGUUAGAAAUGUCCCAACUACUCACAAGAAUUAACUGCAACAAUUUGAACAGGACCUGGGGAAAGAGGGAUGCUAAUGUAAGUUUCACCCACCUAUCAGUAUUUCAGAUGCAAUGGUUUGGGGGCAUUUCUAUAGUAAGUAAGAGGGCAUAUGUUGUUUUGAUCUAUCUAGUGUCAUUCAAGUUUUGUUCCUUGAGCGUUUAAUUAUUCCUGAAACCAAAUAUGUACAUAACCUGCAGUGUAAACAGAGUUGGGGGAGUGGAUAUUUGUUCAAGUAUAAAAUAUGUUAACUGCAGGAAUGUACCAGUAUUAUAGCCAUAUUAACAAAUUAAAA